CUGCCAGACGCCCAGGCCGAGCGGCGUCGCCAUACGGAACAUACUGCUCUCAACUGAGAGGGGGAGGAGAGAGCGAGGGGAGAGAGAGAACGAAAGAGCUGUCUUGCGUCUCCCGAUAGUAGAUUACAAUUCAAGCAACAAGAAAGUAAAACCGGAGAAAAGAGCCGAGUAGGUUCGCUAAGGAAUCUCCCAUCAUCGGCAGUUGGUCACCGGAAUAAUAACGCGAGGUCUGAUUGAGAACGGAUUAAAAACGCCAGACGGAUGAUAGCGCGGACGGGUGGCGCGCUCUGAAGUUGGUGAAUACCGAAUACCAAAAGAAGCGCUUUUGUUUCUCCCGUGAAGCCAUCGGGAGGCUGUGCUCGCGCCCCGAGCAUGAAGCUACCGUGUCUGAUGGCGCUCGCGGCGCUGCUUGCUCACACAGCCUCGGGGCAGACCUCGUGGUCCCCCUCUCCGGAUCAGGAAGGUUCCUCUGGGAAUGAGUUCUACGAUGACGAAGACCUCUUCUCAGGCUCUGGCUCUGGCUUUCCAGAUCUGAAGCCGAGACCUACGGCUGCAGGAGUGGUUUUCACCACAGAGGAGCCCGUCCCGCUAUCCACGACACAGGCCACUGGCCCCGCCCCCUCAGCGCCCCCCGCCGCCGAGCCCAGCCCCAACUCCGACCCCACGACCCCACUGCCCACCGAGGCCGAGGGAGAGAGCGGGGCGGAUUGGGAGCGGGAUAGGGAGCAAGAAAGGGAGAAGGAGAGGGAGAGGGAGAGAGAGAGAGUCCGAGAGCUGGAGCGAGAGAGGGAGAGAGAAAAGGAGAGGGAGCGCGAGAGGGAGAGAGAACGUGAAAGAGAGAGGGAGAGAGAGAGGGAGAGGGAGAGGGAACGAGUGAGGGCAGCGCAGAGCACCGUCUCCCCGAAGUCGCCCGAUGCCGUUCCCGUGGCGACCACCGGCUCUACCGUUCCCACCGCGGAGUCCGCCAUGCCGUCUAGUGGGCUGGAGGACCUGGUCACCACAGAAGAAGAUGAGGAUGUCUACAUCUCGCCAGAGCCCAGCACAUCCUAUCCCGACAUACCUCUGGACACCACCACAGAAGAAGACAUGCCCACCACAACAGAGGCCACACCCGAACCUACGACAACUCCACCCCUGCCCACCACCGCCGAGCCCUCCACAGCAGUCAAAACCAACGCGCCCUACAGGCCGAGGGCCCCGGUGACCACGCCCUCUCGGGCGACUCCCACGGAACGGACGACACCCCCCCCACCGCCCUCCACAACACAGGCGCGCCCGGAGGAGGGUAAUAAUGAGGUGGGGGUCGUGGGACCCAGCGGAGAUUUCGAGAUCCGUGAAGAAGACAGGAGGCAGAACAACAACGAGCUGGGGCGAGACCGGAGCCUGGACGUGGGGGCGGGGCCUGACCUGGUGGGCAACACGGUGGACACAGGAAGCUCCGCCGCCCAGCUACCCCAGAAGAACAUCCUGGAGAGGAAGGAGGUUCUGAUAGCGGUGAUUGUGGGAGGUGUAGUUGGAGCUCUGUUCGCUGCCUUCCUGGUGAUGCUGCUGGUCUACAGGAUGAAGAAGAAGGACGAAGGAAGCUACACGUUAGAAGAGCCCAAACAGGCCACCGUUACCUACCAGAAACCAGACAAGCAGGAGGAGUUCUACGCAUAACCUGAGCAGAGAGACACAGAGAGAGAGAGAGUGAGAGAGAAGAAGUGAGAGAGUGUGAGAGAGAGGGAGAGAAACGGGAAAUGGGGAGAGAGAAAUAGAGCUUGGCUCGCCACUCAACCCCUCUUCUCUUCCUCCCUCCCUCCUUCCCUUCCUCACCUCCACCCUCCCCGUCCCUCUCUCCUCUCCUCCUUACCAGUCCCUCUUGAGAGUGCCUAUCUCUCUGUGGACUCUGAACUUUCUUUUCAACAAAAAAAAAGAUAAAAAAAGAUAAAAAUAUAUCAGCAGAAAAAAUAACCAUAAACACAUACACAAAACAGUUUUUUUUCAGUAAAUGUUGUUAUUAAUAUUAUACAAAUUAUCGUUCUGAUGUUAUGAAAAUGAUUUCGUAAAAACACAAGCUCUUAACCUGUGUUCCAGCACAAAGUUCCUCUUCUAUUCCACAGAGCGAAUGAGAUAGACAGACAGAGGGUCGGGGUGAGAGGACUAUGGAGAGACAGAGAGAGGAGGGGUGAGAUGGGGAGAAAGAGAGAGGAGGGGUGAGAUGGGGAGAAAGAGAGAGGAGGGGUGAGAUGGGGAGAAAGAGAGGGAGACAAAGGAAGAAGAAGAGAAGAGGCGUAUAACCCGCCCUUAACCCAAACACAUCAAGUAUCUGAUUGGCCACACAGAGACAGAGACAGGGGUCAAAGGUGAAAGGAAAGGUCUCUUUGUGCCUUCCAUCCUUCUGGUGCUCACACACACACACAUACCCCCCCCCCCACACACACACACACACACUCACCCGCCCGCACGCACACACAAACACACAUACCCACACACAUGUCUGCUAAUGGCUCUGACCCCUCUCUCUGUGCUUGGCCAAUCAGAACAGGGAUCUCAACCCUCAGUUAACAUUCUCCCAGUCUCAGGAGAAUGUUUUGGAAACAUUCGCGUAGCAAGCAAAGGAUGCUGGUGCUAACACACAGUUAGCAGUGAAUCUACUCCUCUAAGCUGUACAAAGAUGACUAGUUAUGGAUAGUAAUAAUAAUCAAUAAUAUAUCAAUGUUCCAGGCUGGAUGGUAAAAAAUAAUAAUGAUAAUAAUAAUACGUCAAUGGGAGGAUGUGUAUUUAGCAGUUUUAAAGGUUUAUAUGUAAAUAUGAGCAUAUCUUUCUUUCAUCACUCUAACCAUUUGCAUGAUCAUGAAGAGCUUCUAUCGAAUCACAUUCAUUACCUAAAUGAGCUGUGCUCUCGUCCACACACACAUCGCACGCACGCAAACACUUCCAUACACGUGCACACACACACACACACUUACACACACACACACACACUUACACACACACACACACACACACACCCACACAGGCACUGGCACACAAACACAAGUAUAGUCAUAUCAUCUGAUGUACAUUAACUUUCAAACACUCGCUCUAAAUAUCAGAACAAUCUUUAUCAUCAUCAUCGUCGCGAGUGAUAUGAGUGAGUCUAGGUGGUUUCAGUAUGUUAUUGAUUAGUUUUCAAUCAGUUGCUGGUUGGUUAGCGUUUGGUCUAUUGUGUAUAAGCACAACUAUGUAUCCAUACAUCUAAUCCCCUUGCAUGCUCACUUUCUUUGUGUUUCACCAUUGGCUGUCUGUUUAAAGGGAGAGGGCCAUUGGGACUGAGGGAGGGGUUAAUACAGGAAGUGAGGCUCCGAGAAGAUCUUACCUUCCAGCACAGAUCUGGGACCAGCUAAUCUGUAGCUAUUCUGAUGAGCCGAGAUCAGUGAGAAGGGGGGGGGCCGCUUCAUUCAUCACAGGGGGCCUCUCUGGCUCUGAGGGGGGAGGGGAGGGGUUAGGAGGGGGUUGUGCUUCUAUCUAAGAUUGUAACAAUAACCACACCAGUGUGACUGGACUAGUAGCUUACUAUACUCAGUACUGUAGAACAACUGCAUGGGAGUUAAACUAUACUAGUCUUGGUGUGUGUGUGUGUGUGUGUGUGUGUGUAACUGAGGGGUGUGUACAAGGUGGAAUGUAUUGUGUGUAGGUAUUCAUUUACCUGCUCCAGCAGUUCAGAUGCUCUUCCAUUGUCAGGUAGUCAUACCUGUCCCCCUCACCAGAGUGUGGAGUUCACCUGACACCCAGCUCCUGUGUGUGUGUGUGUGUGACAGUGUGUGUGUGACAGUGUGUGUGUGCACCUCACCAGCCCUCUCUACCCACUUUUGUGUACUUCCCCUGGUGUGUCCUCUCUGUUUAGGCAAUAGACGCCACACCGAUUUCACACCAGACUCUUGUUCCCACUCACGAGUCUGUGCAGGUGUGUUAGUGUGUGCACGCUUGUGUGUUGAGUCUGUUCACCGCUGAAUGUCGGACCGUCUGUCCAUCGCAGCAGAUGUCACACACUGACUGUGUCUCUCACCGUCUCGUCUGUUUGUGGUCUGUAGCAGGACAGACCAACUGACACGAGAUUCCUUCCUCACAGGCAGGAAUGAUCUCAACAACGUACUGUCUUUUCUAAAGUUACCUUCAAAUUGUGUUUGUACCCAUUUUAAGCCUGCAUAGCCAAAUAAGAGAGGUGUGUAUGUGUGCACGCGUGUGAGUGUGUGUGUCGGAGGGCGUGUGCGUUUGUGAGUGAGUGAGUGUGUGUGUGUGUGUGUGUGUGAAGCCUACAGAGGCUGCACUACUCUGUGUUUGCUGUUACCCAUCCUGUUUUUAUACAUUUGCAUUUUUUAAGGCUGAGUUUCUGUCAUUGGCUUAGUGAGCGAGAGGAGGCGGACCCUCCAUGCCACAGCCCUGUCACUAAUCUGCCACUCUGUUCCAAAUAAAAGACCUGAUUGGGUAAACUUUG